UACGCCUGUGAGAACUGAAAAAAAGAAAAUUCUACAAGAAGAUGUUAGCUUGAGUACACAUAGCAGUUAUCCUGUGUCCAAUUCAUUGUUAAAUUUAAUACGAUUGGUCGCCAUGCAGCCUGUAACAAUAGUGGAAGAUAAUCCUCAGCGGGAGGGCUAUGCCGGGAACUACAGCGUAGGAGCUGUCUUAUGUGUCUCUACGAUGCUAUUGCAAUACGCCAUUGGGCUGGUGGUGUGUGGAGGUGUUGGAUACAUCGCAGGUGCGAUACCCCCAUCUACCAUGUCUACCAUAUUAUACUGUCAGGUCUGCGCCUUCUCUCUCGGAGGGCUUUAUCUUUUCACCUCAAUCAUUGGAUUUGGAACAGCGUGUAGGAACAUGUACAUGAUUGUGUUCUUCCUGAUAACAUGUAUCUUGUCAAUGGUGGGAAGUUUACCAGUUGCCGGGUUCUCCUUCUACUGCACCUACUGUAUCGUAGCACCACAGACAGAUUUGAAGCAGUGUUAUGCAUUGUGUUCGUAUCUCUUCAUGCCUAAUUGUGUCUCGGCUUUUUUGAGUAUCGUCGGUUUCUUCACUGCUCUGGUCGGGUCUAUCUACUGCUGCAAAGGCAUGUCUUCCCGCGGUAACAGAAGAGCGUCUCAAUGGUUACGUUUAGCUCCCAAUCAGCCACAUGACAUCUGCUAUUAGUGUACAGCGUGGAUUAAUUCAGUGGCGUAGAGAUAGUGGACUUUCAGGCAGUUGCAGUUGUUAUCCAAUUUUGAUCAACUUUUCAGCAUUUUGCACUUUUUAUUCAAAUAUAAAUAUUUCCAGUUCGGACUCUUUAACCAUAAUAUUGAUGAUACAUUAUCCAUAUCAUCGAUUAAUAAUCAAAUUCAUUCGCAUAAAACUAGACACUGUAUCUUAUUUAAUUUGUGGAAAUUAAAAAAAAACUCUCGUAAGAAAUACAUUGCCAAUAAUUCGGAACAGAAACUCACGUUUGAUAGAAUCCAACUCUUCUUUUUUUAAUGGGUCCAUUCAAACUAUCAAUGAUAAGCCAACCAUCCAUUUAUUUGCUCUUUUUAAAAUCUCUUAAAAUUUGUGAUGUGUAAUCUAUGCUACGAUACAAGAAGAACUUUAUCAAAUAUUUAUUAGUAAAUUUAAUUAUGCUAUGUGCAUUUUAUUACAAGAAUUGAAGCAAAAAAAAAUGAACAAAUUAUCAUGCAUGUCUUGAAGAGUCAGUUCUGUUGUUAUUCGUAGUAUUAUAUAAUCCUGUAUUAAGUCCAAAUAAUUAUAAAAGAAUGGCUGGC